AGCACGCCCGCUCAUUACGCUCUCGUUUGUGUCCAGCCAUAUUGGUAAGUUAGCGACAAGAUUUGCAAAACCCGGCAGAUUUUAGUCGGAUUGCGGCUCUAAUCACGAUGACGACAGAAGAUAAAGUAGAGAAAGCAAAGCUCGCUGAGCAAAUGGAGAGGUACGACGACAUGGCAAAGUUAAUGAAGGAGGCAACAGAGAGCAAAAAAGGUGACAAAGUAGAUCUUACAAGUGAAGAAAGAAAUCUACUUUCUGUAGCUUACAAGAAUGUGGUCGGAGCGAGACGCGCUUCUUGGAGGGUUGUGUCAGCUUUGGAGCAGAAACAUGAAGGAACUGAAGACAAAAAGCUGGCUAUUGAAGAGUAUAGGAAGAAAAUCGAGAAGGAAUUAAUAGAUAUCUGCGAUGUUGUCCUGGAUCUUCUGGAACAGUUUCUGAUAAAAAAAUCAGAUGAUCCUGACACAGACCAAAGUAAUGGAGCAGAAGGCCAGAUUUUCUAUCUGAAGAUGAAAGGAGAUUACUUAAGGUACAAAGCAGAAGUGGCAUCGAGCCCAAGCAAGGAUGAAAUAAUUGAACAGUCUGAAUUAUCAUACAAGAAAGCACUGGACUUAAGUAAUAAAGAGCUAGCUCCAACUCAUCCUAUCAGGCUUGGAUUGGCACUUAAUUUCUCUGUCUUCUAUUAUGAAAUAAAGAACGCGCCAGACCAAGCAUGUAAAUUGGCAAAAAAGGCAUUUGAUGAUUCAAUUUCUGAGCUUGAUACACUAAAAGAGGAUUCCUACAAAGACAGCACUCUUAUAAUGCAACUAUUGCGUGACAACUUAACCCUGUGGACUUCAACCUCAGGGGAUGAUGAAGAUGAAGAUGAAAAGCAGUGAAGCUGUUGCAUCAGUGCACAGCCAGUUUCCUCACUUUGAAACUGUGUCCCUUUCAUAUUAAUCUGAAUGUCCAUUUGUGUGUUACAGGUGCUGCUUAUCCUUAUUUUUUGUGCCUAAAACAAAUCCAAAUCAUUGAUGAGAAUUGAAAAAUGUUUCCCCAUGAUCACACCUAUCUGCAGUGUCAUUCUACUGUAGAUAAGCCGCAAGUUUUGUACCAGAACUGGGCAUGAAAUGGUAGCUUCCUUAUAAACGAGAUCCUGUACUUUUUUUAGGGUAAAUGUUUGCAAUUCCAUAGAUGGCUUGUGAUGCGUUAAUAAAUCAUCUUCUGAAGGGUUUGUUAUUGGGUGCACAGAGUCAAUGAAAUGGGGAUAAUUUUGUUUGAUUUGUUAUGUUGUGAUGGUGACAGUAUCCAGCGAAAAAGUUCUGAAGCAAAGUGUAAUUUUCCAUUCAAUAUAACCAAUUUGUUAACCAUUAAAUGUAAGUUAUGCCA